AUGUCUCAGCAGCCACCUAACACCCUCAAAGCGGCUCAAGAUGAAUGGAAGCAACUCGAGGAGCUCCACAGCAUCAUCAGCGAAUUUGGCCAAGUACACAACCUCUCGAUGCUGGACCCCAAUACCGACCUUCCGCCCUCGCCGGAGCACAAUGACGACAGUGAGGACGAUGAGGGCGACCAGGACGAUGAGGAGCGUGGCCAGCAAAAUGGCAAGGAGGGCGGCCAGGGGACUGAUCCUGAUACCCACAUGCUGUUUGAGGAUGAUGAGGGGCUGCAGCAUGCCAUCCUUUCUGACGCCCGGCUGAACGCCGGACCGAGCGACCAGGAGCAGGACAGCACAGAGCGCGGCCAGGAGGAUCAUGAGCGUAGCCAGCAGGAUGACAAGGCGGGCGGCCAGGGUUCCAAGUAUGAUGAUGGAUUUGAUGAGGAAGAUGUACAUCGGCAGCUGCUGGAGGCCAUGUAUCAAGAGGAGCAGCGGCGCGCCGGACCGAGCCACCGGGAGCCCUCUACUCCUACUCGGCCAAAGCGCUCCAGGCGCGAGUCUACAGUGCCCGGCGAGAUUCGCAUCCAAGGUCCUCUCCCAAGCCCCAACCACGAUCACUCUCCAGUUCCACUGUGUACCUACUUUACCCGCCGCCGCUCUGAGAUACCCAAACAAGACGAUGGCACACGCUCCAUCGAAGACGAGAACGACCGACGGAGAUGGGGGCAAACGCGGGUCCCGCGGUAUAUGAAGGAGACGACUGACAGCCUCAGCGACGACAUUCUGAAUGCGGAGAAGAGCGGCUCCGUCGAUCCAUACACCCUCGCCUCUACCACCACCAUGGACGGCCAACAGCUGCGCGUGAGCGUCGGGAAUGUCCCCGUGGGCUUGCAGGACGGUCCGGAGGAAUAG